UUUUGCUAAGUCAUCCUGGGGAAGCUCUAAGCCCCACUGUGAGAUUCUUCCUUUCCUCCUGCCAAGCUCCUCCUUCCUCCCCACCCCUUUAAUAGCCCCUUAAGUGGGCUCACACCACUCCACAGGGCUCACUCAGCACUCUGACAAUGGCUUACAUUGCAAAGUCCUUCUAUGACCUUAGUGCUGUCAGCCUGGAUGGGGAGAAGGUAGAUUUCAAUGCAUUCCGAGGCCGGGCAGUGCUGAUUGAGAAUGUGGCCUCGCUCUGAGGCACAACCACCCGGGACUUCACCCAGCUCAACGAGCUGCAAUGUCGAUUUCCCAGGCGCCUGCUGGUUCUUGGCUUCCCUUGCAACCAAUUUGGACAUCAGGAAAACUGUCAGAAUGAGGAGAUCCUGAACAGUCUCAAGCAUGUCCGCCCUGGGGGUGGAUUCCAGCCUACCUUUACUCUUGUCCAAAAGUGUGAGGUGAAUGGUCAGAAUGAGCAUCCUGUCUUCGCCUACCUGAAGGACAAGCUCCCCUACCCCUAUGAUGACCCAUUUUCCCUCAUGACCGACCCCAAAUUCAUCAUUUGGAGCCCGGUGCGCCGCUCAGAUGUGGCCUGGAACUUUGAGAAGUUCCUCAUUGGGCCGGAGGGGGAGCCCUUCCGACGCUACAGCCACACCUUUCCCACAGUCAGCAUUGAGCCUGACAUCAAGCGCCUCCUCAAAGUUGCCAUUUAAGCACAAGCUGCCCAGCACACAGACCUCCUGCUCCAUCUAGUCCCUGUACGUCUUUCCUUAGGACACGGUGUGCUCCCAGGAGACACUGCUGGACCUGGAGGUCAGUCCCCUUCAUGGAAGAGCCUUGCCUUUCUGGUCCCCCUGUUUCCUUUCCCUCCCCACCUGCCCCCAUCUUCUGGUUGGUGAUUCAACUUGGGGCUCCAAGACUUGGGUGGGCUUUGGACCUUCACAGAAUGAUGGCACCUUCCUAAACCUGUAUGGGUGGUGUCCGAGAAGUGUGAAGGGCUUGGAGCCAGCCUGCUUGAUGAGUUCAAUAAAAGGCAGGUGUGGAAAUG